AUGAGCACACCCAACUCUUCGCUUGCCCAGCCGGGCGGCAUCACCGAUCCCGCCCUGAUCCAGCUCGUCAACAAGCUUCAGGAUGUCUUCGCAACUGUCGGAGUCAACAACCCCAUUGAUCUUCCUCAGAUCGCCGUCGUCGGCAGUCAGUCUAGCGGCAAGAGUUCGGUGCUAGAGAACAUUGUCGGCCGUGAUUUCCUGCCCCGAGGUAAUGGCAUCGUCACGCGCCGUCCCCUCGUCCUCCAGCUCAUCAACCGCCCCGCCCAGUCCAACGGCGUCAGCCACGAGGACCUCGAAGCCGGCGCCGACAAGGCCGCCAACCCGGACGAAUGGGGCGAGUUCCUCCACUUGCCCGGCCAAAAGUUCUACGACUUUGGAAAGAUCAGGGAUGAAAUCUCUAGAGAAACCGAAGCCAAGGUUGGACGAAAUGCCGGCAUCUCCCCAGCUCCCAUCAACUUGCGCAUUUACUCGCCAAAUGUCCUCACCCUGACGCUGGUUGACUUGCCCGGCCUGACCAAGGUCCCCGUUGGCGAUCAGCCCCGCGAUAUUGAGCGCCAGAUUCGAGACAUGGUUCUCAAAUACAUCUCCAAGUCAAACGCCAUUGUCCUGGCCGUCACGGCUGCCAACAUUGAUUUGGCAAACUCGGAUGGUCUGAAGCUGGCGCGAGAAGUCGACCCCGAGGGCCAGCGCACCAUUGGUGUUCUCACCAAGGUCGACUUGAUGGAAGAGGGAACCGACGUCAUCGACAUUCUUUCCAACCGCAUCAUCCCGCUGCGCUUGGGCUACGUCCCUGUUGUCAACCGAGGACAGCGAGACAUUGAUAACAAAAAGGCCAUUGGCGCCGCUUUGGAGGCGGAAAAGAACUAUUUCGAGAACCACAUGGCGUACCGCAACAAGAGCUCUUACUGCGGUACCCCCUACCUUGCCCGCAAGCUGAAUCUCAUCCUCAUGAUGCACAUCAAGCAGACGCUGCCCGACAUCAAGGCGCGCAUCUCGAGCUCUCUGCAAAAAUACAGCUCCGAGCUGGAGAGCCUUGGCCCAUCUAUGCUCGGCAACAGCUCCAACAUUGUCCUCAACGUCAUCACCGAGUUUACCAACGAAUGGCGUACCGUUCUGGACGGUAACAACACUGAGCUCUCCAGCACCGAGCUGUCUGGUGGUGCCCGUAUCAGCUUCGUUUUCCACGAGCUGUAUUCCAACGGAGUCAAGUCGCUCGAUCCCUUUGACGUCGUCAAGGACCUUGACAUCCGAACCUACCUGUACAACUCGUCGGGUCCCUCUCCCGCCCUGUUUGUUGGCACCACCGCUUUCGAGCUGAUCGUCAAGCAGCAGAUCAAGCGAAUGGAGGACCCAAGUCUGAAGUGUGUGUCUUUGGUGUACGAUGAGCUGGUGCGAAUCCUCUCGCAGCUGCUCUCCAAGCAGUUGUACCGCCGAUAUCCCGCCCUCAAGGAGAAGAUGCACAGCACCGUUGUUUCCUUCUUCAAGAAGGCCAUGGAACCAACCAACAAGCUCGUCCGAGACCUCGUUAGCAUGGAGGCGUGCUACAUCAACACCGCUCACCCUGACUUCCUCAACGGACACCGCGCAAUGGCCAUUGUCAACGAGCGUCAUAACCCCUCAAAGCCUGUGCAGGUCGAUCCCAAGACUGGCAAGGCACUGCCAGCUUCCACACCCGCCCGAGCCGGCAGCCCGACCGUCCCAGAGGCCGAUGGAAGCUCAAAUGGUGGAUUCUUUGGAAGCUUCUUCGCGGCGAAGAACAAGAAGAAGGCCGCCGCCAUGGAGCCUCCGCCACCCAGCCUCAAGGCUUCCGGCACAUUGUCAGAACGUGAAGUCAUCGAGGUCGAAGUCAUCAAAUUGCUCAUCUCGUCUUACUACAACAUCGUGAAGCGAACCAUGACCGACAUGGUCCCCAAGGCCAUCAUGUUCAACCUUGUUCAGCUCACAAAGGAUGGCAUGCAGCGUGAACUGCUGGAGAACAUGUACAAGACCGAUAGCAUUGACGACUUGCUGAGAGAAAGCGACUUCACCAUCCGCAGGCGGAAGGAGUGUCAGCAGAUGGUCGAGUCUCUCGGCAAGGCCAGCGAGAUUGUCAGCCAAGUGCAGUAG